AUGAUUCACGAUGAACAACAAGCUAUGAAGAUGGAGAGUCCUAGACCAUCUGGGGUUUCGAGUUUCGAGAAUCGCGCGCUUCCAGUACGGAUGCAAUAUCGAAGCCGGCCCAUUUCUGUCGCAGUUGACCCCGUGUCGCUGGUCAUUUCGGAAUGCAUCUCUAUAACUUCCGCUAUCCAGAAGCAUGCGCGCUCUCCACACUCGUCCGUCUCAGCCAUUCUUGGAGGAAGUCCCAAUCCAGUACAACUGGGACCUCCUAGCCCAACACCUCAAGGGCGAAGCAAAAGCCCGGCGGCGAGCAUCAGUGGUGAUGGUUCUCACGAUGGUCUUACCAACCGUUGGGGGCUACGUGGACAAAGAGGAAAGAGCAUGCAGGAUAAUCCUAUGAUUGCGGGCUUUGGAAAACUCAGACAUGAGCUUGCUGGUAUUAAAGAUAUCCGAUCGUUCGAUGCUCCUGCGAUUCUAGCGCCAUUUCUCCAUGUUAUUCAGACCAAAGGCACCGCCGCCCCGAUAACUAUUCUUGCUCUCGGCGCAUUGAAAAGGUUUCUAGCCUACGGUUUCAUAUGUCCCGACUCUCCACGCUUUGCACUGGCUAUGCAAUCUCUCUCGGCUGCCGUCACACAUUGCCAAUUCGAUAUUAGUGAUUCUGGACAAGUUGAGGUUGUGCUUCUCAUGAUUCUCAAUCUUAUGGAGGACAUGAUGUCUGGGCCUGGUGGGGAUAUCUUGAGCGACGACAGCGUUUGCGACAUGAUGGGCCGCGGCCUCGCUAUAUGCUCACAGCCGCGUUUCUCUCCCGUUUUGCGCCGUACUGCCGAGGCCUCGCUAGUAAGGAUGUGUCAGAUUAUAUUCGAAGAUGUCAAACACUUGGAAGUUGAGGCUGGUGAUGACGCCAAUGCCUUAGACCACCAGGUUGAAGAUGACCUGGAUAGUGUCAGAAUGGAAAACCCUGUCCCGGAAGCAGGAGGGCUUUCUAGCGAAUCUGUGAGCCUUGGUGUCCCUGGAACAACCACCCCAGAUCCCGAGCGCAGUAGCCGAGACACUGUGGCCACAUCCGACACAGCGCUGGCUAACGGCAGCGACUCUGCCGAGGAGACGGAGUCUGUGGACCUCAAACCUUAUUCUCUACCCUCUGUUCGCGAACUGUUCCGUGUAUUGGUUAACUUUCUGGACCCGCAAGCUCGGCAGCACACAGAUACAAUGAGGGUCAUGGCAUUGCGAAUCAUACAUGUAGCCCUGGAGGUCGCUGGACCUUUCAUUUCUCGCCACCCGGCCUUGGCGGGUAUUGCGGAGGAUCGUUUGUGUUGUUAUCUAUUUCAGUUGGUGAGAUCGGAUAACAUGGCUAUCCUUGAGGAAUCACUUGUUGUUGCUGGUACGCUGUUGGCAACUUGCCGCGGCGUACUAAAACUUCAACAGGAGCUAUUCCUCUCUUACUUGGUUGCUUGCCUGCACCCGAAGGUUGAGAUUCCUCGUGAGCCUGGGAUUGAUCCGUCGCUUUAUGCCGGUAUCCCACAAACACCGAAGCUAGUAAAACCGUCACAGUCGUCGCAGCCUAGCAGCGGACGAUCAACCCCAGUCCCAGUCAAGGACCGUCAAAAGCUUGGUCUCGAGGGCGGCUCCCGGAAACCUGAUGCCCGCCAGGCUAUGGUAGAAAGUGUCGGGGUCUUGUCACGCAUGCCAACUUUCAUGGCGGAGCUCUUCAUCAACUACGAUUGUGAUGUUGACAGGACGGAUCUUUGUGAAGACAUGAUUGGGCUUCUUUCUAGGAACGCCCUUCCCGAUUCCGCAACCUGGAGUACUACGAGUGUGCCCCCCCUUUGCCUAGAUGCAUUGCUUCGCUAUAUUCAGUUCAUUGCGGAACGCCUUGAAGACGACAUGGUCUUUGAAAACUUUCCCGACCCAGUAGUCUUAAGAGAGCAACGGCGAAAAAAGAAGAUAAUCAUCAAGGGAGCAAGCAAGUUCAACGAAAAGCCCAAGGCAGGCCUGGGAUACUUGGAAGCACAGGGCAUCAUCAAGGACUCAGCGGAUCCUGUGGCGGUUGCCAAGUUUCUCAAAGGGACCCCGCGUGUGAGCAAGAAGGUUCUAGGCGACUUCAUCUCCAAGAGAGGUAACGAAGCAAUUCUUGAAGCUUUCUUAGACCUUUUCAACUUUACUGGAAAGCGAGUCGACGAGGCUCUGAGACAGUUUUUGGAAUCAUUCCGAUUGCCUGGAGAGGCGCCCCUGAUUGCCACGAUCGUGGAAGCAUUUUCCGAGAAGUUCUGCUCCGACGACACCUCUGGCGAAGUUGCAGACAAGGACGCGGUGUAUAUCUUGACAUAUGCCAUUAUCCUCCUCAACACUGAUCAGUUUAACCCUAACUUGGACGACAAGAAACGCAUGAAACUGGACCAGUUCGCAAAUAAUCUCCGAGGGACUAACAAUGGCCAAAACUUUGCCCCAGAAUACCUGCAAACUAUCUAUGAGUCGAUCAAGUCCAACGAAAUCAUUCUUCCCGACGAGCAUGAUAACAAACAUGCCUUCGACUACGCCUGGAGAGAAUUACUUUUGAAGACUGAAUCGGCUGGCAGUCUUGUUAUCUGUAAUACGAACAUUUAUGACGCCGAUAUGUUUGCAACGACGUGGAAGCCCAUCAUUUCCACGUUGUCGUACGUGUUCAUGUCUGCUACCGAUGACGCCGUAUUUGCUCGAAUCGUCACUGGCUUUGAUGAGUGCGCUCGCAUCGCCACAAAGUACCAGAACACAGAGGCCCUUGACCAGAUCGUUUACUGUCUAAGCCAUAUGUCGACGUUGGCAGCCGACACACAAUUCAAUACUUCCUUGAACACCGAAGUCCAGGUCGGUGACGGCAGCGUCAUGGUCAGUGAGCUCGCUGUUAAGCUCGGCAGGGAUCUUCGGGCUCAACUUGCGACUCUUGUACUCUUCCGGGUUGUCACUGGUAGUGAAGAAUUGAUUCAUAGAAGCUGGAAAUAUAUGAUUCGCGUAUGGCUCAACCUAUUCACGAACUCGCUAAUUACACCAUUCUCUCCGCGUAACUUGCCAACUUUACCACUAUCCCCCAUUCCCCUACAAACACCAUCGCAGGUUAUUGAUCGAGUAGCACGAAACGCCGAUACUGGUUUCUUCUCAGCGUUCACAUCGUACAUCUCGAGUUACGCUGCAGACGAUCCACCCGAGCCGUCAGACGAGGAAUUGGAAAGUACACUCUGCACUAUUGAUUGCAUCAAAUCGUGCAAUAUGAGUGCCGUUUUUGAGAAUAUUGCAAACCUGAAACCAUCUGUAGCAAAGGUGAUUGUCGAAACACUCGUGGAUCAACUCCCAGAAGAUUCAAACACGACUGUAAUUAGCGUCAAGCAUGAGAGUAUGCCCGCAUCCCCAGCAAAUGGCCACGUUCUACCACCGGGACAUAUGGUAUACGAUCCAAGCGUAGCGUACAUCUUGGAAUUCUGUACACUCUUAGCGUCUCGAGAUGCGGACUCCAUCGAGAGCAUGGGCAAAGUAGUCUUCGACACCCUACAAGGUGUUCUCCGCGACCCAGCGCGUUAUCAUGCCAUUACCGUCUCACGGGCGUCGUUUUAUGCGCUGAAGCUGCUCAACAUCAGCUACGUAGGUUCUCUCGAUGAUGCAACUAGACACAAUGCUGAUGCUAUCAAGGAUCAUGAUUUUGUCAACGUUCCUUUCCUUCUUCACACCAUCUCAACUCUGCCGCAAGAAGCACUGGGUAAGAAUUCGGAUCUGGUGUUGCAGGGUCUUUCACUUUGCAUCGAAGAGUCAGGCCCCUUGAGACGCGAGAUGAUGACAUCUCCCGAUUUCUGGGCCAUUCUGCGUGCCUUGGCUCAACGCCCUGAGGCUGCGGCAUUAGUUUUUGAAAUCUUGGAAAAGGGAUCGACUGGUACCCCUCCAGCCAUCAUGGCUGAUAACUACGAGGCUGCAAUCUCACUCCUCAACGACUUUGCUUCUGCUGCUAACCCUCGGCAACCAAGCAUGCAGGCUCGAAGCCCCCGGGCCCAAAGGCACAACCCCCCCAAGCAAGAUAAGAAACAGAAUGCGGAAGCCGUUAGCAGAGGGUCGAAGGCGAUCAACAUGCUUUAUAACAUGACGGAUCGAAUCCCCCAUCUCAUGCAGCAAUCUCAGCUCGAGAGUAGCGAAGCCUGGUCUGCAUACUGGCUACCCAUUUUCCAGGCUCUAACGGCGCAGUGCGCAAACCCUUGUAGGGAUGUGCGACAGCUUGCCUUCUCUGCCCUCCAACGAUCGCUCUUGUCACCAGAGUUGACCUGCAGUGACCCUAAAGAGUGGACCGCCAUCUUUGGCAAGGUUCUUUUCCCCUUGAUCAUCCAGCUCCUUAAGCCAGAGGUGUUCCUGUCCGACCGAGAUGGCAUGAGUGAAAUGAGAGUACAGUCUGCAUCGCUACUCUGCAAGGUGUUCCUUCAGUAUAUGGUGCUGCUCUCUGAGUGGGAUGGCAUGCUGGAUCUCUGGAUCAAGAUUAUUGAUAUCAUGGAUCGUCUUAUGAACAGUGGACAAGGUGAUAGCCUGGAGGAGGCCGUUCGUGAAAACCUCAAGAAUGUGCUGCUAUUUAUGGCCAGCAGUGGCUAUCUUAUUUCACCGCACAAGGACCCCUCGAAGAAGGAACUGUGGACCGAAACCUGGAAGCGUAUAGAUCGAUUCCUGCCUGAGCUCCGUGGUGAGCUUGCACUGGAUGAGCCGCCGAGCGAGGAUAAGGCACCUGAUGAGACUAUGAAUCUACCAGUGCAGACUAAGGAAACAGAUGGUCGGAUCGAAGGAACGACGAGUGAGGGUACGGAGCAGACAGGUGAAGAGGUACCCACGAAGGAGAAUAUCGUCGACGAGUAG